AUGCGUGUUCUUAUCAGCGGAGCAGGUAUCGCCGGCCCUACGCUGGCUUGGUUUCUGGCCAGGACCGGCGCGCGCGUGACUGUCGUGGAGAAGUGCAAGUCGAUUCCUACUUACGGCCAUAAUGUCGAUGUCAACCAUAGCGCCAUCACCGUCCUGAAGAAGAUGGGCCUCAUUGAUCAACUGCGGAGGUUCAAUACAACGGAGAAAGGAACGCAGUUCAUCGACCCAAAGGGACGGCCCUUCGCACCCUUCCCCGUCAAGGACGGCUCUUCCGCAAGCCCUACGUCAGAGUUCGAGAUCCUUCGAGGGGAUCUGGCUGUAGUCCUGUACGAAGCCACGAAAACCCAUCCAAAUAUCGAGUAUCUCUUCAGCACUACCGCGGUCAAAGUCAUUUCCAAUGACGAAACCGCUGUCAAAGUCGAGCUGAGCAACGGAGAGGUGCAAGAGUACGACUUGUUAGUCGCAGCAGACGGCCAGUGGUCAAAGGUGCGAAAACAAGUCUUUCCUCAGGAAAGCAUCACCGUCAUCGACAAGAACAUGUAUGUAGCUUAUGCUGCCAUUCCUCGUCUUCCAGAGGACAAUGACUGGUGGAAUAUCUACCAGGCUCUUGGAUCGAGGAUCAUCACCACCAGGCCCGACCCGCACGGGACCAUACGGGCCAUGUUCACGCACAUGCCCUGCGAAGGUGCGCAGAAGACGGCGUGGCAGGAGGCCUCACGAGGCGAUAAGAAGCUCCAGAUGGAGCUUGUGAGGCGGGAGUUCCUGGACGCUGGGUGGCAGACGCCCCGGAUUAUGGAUGCCAUGAUGCAGGCGGAGGAUUACUACUUCCAGGAUCUGAAGCAGAUCAAGAUGGACAGGUGGUCCAGCUCUCGCGUCAUCUGCCUGGGCGACGCGGCCUUUGCACCGACGCCUCUCUCAGGUAUGGGGACUACGCUUGCCAUCAUCGGAGGGUACAUGCUUGCCGGCGAGCUCACCAAACUCAAGCCUGGGGAGCAUCCCUCCCGGGCAUUCGAGACCUACGAGGCUGCGUUCCGCCCCUAUGUCGAGGAGACUCAAAGUGUUCCGUGGUUCUUUCCGGCGGUCGCGCAUCCGGUCACGGCCUGGCAGAGAUGGUUGCUGGGAUCAGUUGUCUCGACAAUCUCUCGAGUUAUUGCGAUGCCUUGGGUGGCUAGGAGGUUUUUUGAUGAUACGAAUAACGACGAUUCGGAGUUUCCAUUGCCGGCGUAUCCUGAAUUAGCCGAUGAGAUGAAGCUGAAAGAUGACAGCCUAUAA